UAAUUUGAAGUCUAAAGUUUAAAGUCCAAGUUUACCCAAGUUUGUCUGAUAUCUUUGGAAGUAUGACUGUCCAAAAUGUGAAUCGUAGAUAUAAACUGAAAUCAUUCUAUGCAAAUCGAUAAGGUUUAAACAGCGAUCAUCAUGUACUUUAUACCCUACCUUAAACAGUCGUAGUAACCUUCAUUGAAUAGCUAGCAACUUUGGUUAAAUAAACUCCAUUUUACUUCCUCUUUUUUAUUAAUUUGUGCAUGCAGCUUUUGUGAACGUGGUGGAUGUUAUUUGUGGAAUUUUGUAUGAGUGAUAUAUAUGUUGGUUUCGUGGAGUUUUAUUUUCAUUAAAUACAAUUUAUAGUUAAUUCAAUCUUCAAAAUUGGCUUAAUGAUACAAGUAUUUUCAACAAUCGUCAAGCCGUUCCCGUGAGGCUAGUCCAUGUCGUUCCCCAAGGACCUACAGUCACCGACGCUUCAACCACAACAUGUCUGACUCGUACGAGAUUAAACAACCAAUCGCAAACAUUGGAUGCCAGGACCUGCUGACAUUGAUGUCUCCAAAAUGUACCCAUUGCGGAUUCAUGCGCAAGAAACGAAACAUCAAACUCUUCAUGUGGCCACAGGCGUAUGUUGUACUCCAUGACGGCUGUCUCUACUACUUCAAGGAUGAGAAAGCGAGGAAGGCUUCGGGGAGAUUCUCUCUGUACGGAUAUAAUGCCGUCUAUCGAGCCAGUGAGAUCCAACAAAAGGAAGCACCCUGGGCAAUCAAGAUCGUUCACUCGCACGAAGAGUUCAAGACGUACUACUUCUCAGCACCAUCGGAACAGGAAAUGAAGACGUGGAUGGCCAACAUCAAACGAGAAAUGUUACAUGCAAACGGCAAGAGUGCCCUCUAUGGGAAGAAUCUGCAGCCGGUCGGGAAGGAUGCCGAGAAAGAUGAGCUGAUUGAUGAUCCGGGAUUUUACCAGACUGUGGAGCAGAAUAUUUAUGAUGAUUCAAAGAAAUUUGUCCCCUCCCAGGACUACCAGAAAAAGUGCAGCAUUAAGAAAGAAAAUGAAGACUCUGAUGACGAAGAUCUGCAGAUGCCAGAUCCCGCAAUCUUUGUCGACCGGCCACCGGUGCCUCUUCCCCAUGACAACGACCCAUUCCUCACCCUCAAGACUCCCAGUAUGCCCCGCACACCCCUCGCGAUGGGAGAACCUCCUGCCUUACCGUCAGGCCCACCUCCCCACAAACCACCUCGAACCACGGAUCUGUUCCCUCCUCAUGUUCCCCCUCAUCGGAACCCCCCCGCUUUACCACGGGAUGACCCCCCACCUAGGCCAGAUUUCAGAACCGGAGGAAAGGUGUCUCACCUCACAAACAUGUUACAAAAAGUUCCCCUCACUCCACCAACAAUAAAGCGCAAAAACCGAAGGGGUUCUUAUGAGAAGACAAACCCACAGAACAUCACAACAAGCAAUGGAGGAUCAACAGGAGAUGAUGAUCAGGAGUCUUCAGACGGUGAGGAUGAUUGGGACAGCUGCUACUUCCCCUCGGCCGACAAACAGAGGGCAUCUGAGAUAAUCCAGGAUCUGGGGGAGGAGGGGGUGUACCUAGUGCGGCCCUCAGAGAGACAAGAUGAACAUGUAUUGGUGGUAUUUGCCGAAAACCAGUGUAAAAAGUAUAGAAUAAAACAACAGAGUGGUAAAUAUUACCUAGCGGAGGCGGGCCACCAUGACAUGCGCGUCAAUAGCCUCCUCAAGUUUUACCAGAGGAACACCCUCCCAACCGUCAAUGCCAAACUCCGCAUUCCCUAUCGACGACACCCACGUUACAUGGACUGACACUCAGUGGUCCGUUAUAUGAUGAUCUGAAGAUAAACUGUGCCAUGAUGGAGAAUUAUGGGUCUUUCAUUUGUCAAGUUUGUUUGCAGUAUUCAGUUCAUUGUGGUGAUAAAAACACAUAUGUCCGCAAGCCCUUUACUGGUAAAAUGGUUAUUGGGUUUGCUAAUGUUCUGGAUUUUUUUAAAGCAGGAUGUGUUGAAAUGAAUGAUACCAAGUUAUUAUGUUCCAAUUUGGGCUUGUUCGUACCAAGCCUAAUUUCGAGGACUGUACUCAUACAGCCGCCUUGGAGACUGCAUACCUAAGUCAGACAUGAAGAAAAUACUUGCGAGGGCAUGUGAAGAAAUUUUGCAUGAAAUGCGUACCGAGGAGGGCGAUAUUUUAAUGCGGUGUAGCUUUUUUCCAAGUGUCUACGGAUGGAUUGUCUGUGAUAAUACGAGGUGAAAGUGUUUGGCUGUAUUACAUUGUAUUGUGAAAAAGAGAUUCUUUUCUUUUCAACAGCAAAUUGUAUUUUAUUGCAACGGUAGGUUUAUCAACGUAACUUAAAAUAAUGUGUAACUAUGCAAUGGAGUUAUAAGUACUCUAUUACUUAAAAAAAAAAAGAUUUUUUUUUAGCCACAAAUAAUACAUAGAUUGUUUGACAUUUCCCAACUGAUUUACAAAAAUACCCGUAACCCAAUUAUUAUUUUAGCAUCUCUGGAGGUAAUAUUUUUUAUUUAUUUUUUAAUAAUGGAAUUAGGGGGUUAGGAAGUAUUAAAAACAACAACAAUCCCUUCACUACCAACCCACAAUGUGGGUAGAAACACCGAACAAGCUAUUUAUUUAAUAUGGCCUGAGCUAUGUUUAUUAUUACCUAAAGUGGUAUGUGGCUUUCAGCAAUGAGGGACAAAAUACAUGAACAUGUGCAUAAGAUGUAUUAUAAGUUACAGGGUCAGUAGGUGACUCGAUAUGGGAUUUCUGGGGUGCAGGAAUUCAUGUCAGGUGAAAGCGAGGUUCGAAGCCGAAUUUGGUUCCCUGAGCCCCCUUAUAUCCCAUAUCAGGUCUUUUUCUAACUUGGUAAUAUAGAUAUCUCAUCGACAACCUGUUAAGACUGAUCAAUUUAAGGGAUAUGUUUCAUUUUUUCAGCUUGAUCAGAAAAUAGACUCCCAUUUUGGUACCAUAUAAUUAAGUGACCCAAUAUGGCAAAUUUAUAAUGGGGGUCGCCGUAUGAUCAGUCCUUGACCAAUGACAUUGUGCCAUUAAUGUUGAAAGUGUGGUAUAGGUCGGUAUUGCUUUAUUUGACGGAGACAUAUUCACAAAUAUGGAAAUUACAUUUCCAUAAGGACAUAUAUAUUUCAUGUUCAAGUGUUUAUUUGGAAUUUUCAGUCUCAAAUAUAAUUGUUUUGUUAAAACAAUAUUUUUGUUACUUUUCUCUUAUACUUGACAAUCAUACAGGUAUCGUUUUAUGACAUAUUCAUCAGUGUUAAUAUGUAAGCUUGCUUUGGUAUGUGUAAAAUAUUUUAAAAUGUGGAUUUCAAACAGUUUCAUUGUUUUAUCAUCAUAAACAUUUAAUACUUUUGAGUUCAUUACAUUCAGUUUCUUAGUAAUAAGCUCAGCUAAUGAAGUGUGUGUCCUAUAAUUUAAGUAACUUGCUAAUUCACUCAAAUUGUUAGCAUGCCAAUCUCAAAACUUACCCACCUGGCAGGAAAUAUUUGCAACAUAUGUAUUUAGAAAUGCCUAUUUUUAAUGAAGCAGACUAUUUUUUGGAGAAAGAACCAUAAAGAAAACAUCUGAAUGUAAUCAUUUACAGAUAGAAAAAUAAAUAUUUAUUCAAAUUAAAAAGCUCAAAAAUAUUUUUUUUUAUUCUGAAGGCUCAAAAACUACCCAUCCGAUGACGCUAAAACAUACAAUCAAUUUGGCCUAAGAAAAUGAUCUUAUAGCUGCACUGUCACAGAUCGAACGUUUUGACAACUUUUUUAUUUUUUGUCUUGGAAUGAGCCAAUUUUUGUGAAUAUGCAUGAAAACCAGUUAUAUUAGACUGCUUACAAAAAAUUAGAUUGCCGAUUUUUGUAUUUAAGUACAAAAAUUGAUGUUUUAUGCAUUUUUCUUAAACCCUUAGUCAUGGUUUAAGCCAUAACACAUUAAUUUUCAAACAGAAAUGUGAAAAGCUGCGAUCUGAUGUUUUAUCAUUGGUUUGCAGAUAUUUACGCAAACAUUUGCUCUUUCCAAGACAAAAAAUAAAAAAGUUGUAAAAACCGUCUGUCUGUGAGAGUGCAGCUUUAAAGAAAAUUUCAAUACUGCUGGUUUUAAUUUAUAAAAGAACAUAAAUUAUAUGGUGUUUCCUGCAUUCAGUGUAAUACUUUUGGUGUAGUGUAUUGGAAGAUUUCCAGAGAACAGAUCCAUUCAAAUCAGAUUAAUUAAGGAACAGUUGUAAAAAAAAAUCAAUAAAUGCGUCCAAGCAGUGUAAGAAUGUGCUACUAUCUAUAAACAUAACAUGCAUCAUUCUCACUUUUUAUUCCAUUGUAAUAUUUCGCUACUAUCUGAUAGUAUAAGGUAUGUUUGACCAUUUUAACAUUAAUAAAUUUGUUUCAUGUUUAACCAUUUGAUUUUUCCUUGUAUGUCAUUUUGAUUUGUUUUUCUGGAUAUGUUCCGUGCUUCAUUGAUGCGUGGAUUCUGUUACAAAUUUGGGAGCCACUAGCCAGUGCCAUUACUCAUGUUAAUUUUCUGUUCCUCAUUGAUUUUAUACCUUUUGUACUAAUUUUAUUGCUUUUGAAAUAAAGGCUUUUCUAUGAA